GGUCCAGGCUUCUGAACGAGGCGUAAUUCCAAUAUGGCUACCAAUGCAUCGGCAGGGGAGUGAAAAGUUAUCCCAGGGAAAAUACGUGACAUGUCCAAUACUAACGAUCCUAGUUUCGGAGCAUCGAGAAUCGACAAUGACGUCAACAGCCAGUCCAACAGGAAUUUGGCUUUGGAUGUAUACGACCUUAUCAAGGAUAUAAAGGACCCUGAAAAACCACAAACUCUUGAGGAUUUAAAGGUGGUUUACGAAAGCUGUGUUGAGGUGCAGAAGGUGGCAAGGCAGGAUCACAUUACAAUAACAUUCACACCAACUGUUCCACACUGCUCUCUGGCAACUCUGAUUGGUCUCUGUAUCAGAGUUAAACUAGAGAAGUCACUUCCAGAAAAGUUUAAGCUUGAUAUAUAUUUGAAGAAAGGGACACACUCCACUGAAAACGAAAUCAAUAAGCAAAUCAAUGACAAGGAGAGGAUAGCAGCUGCCAUGGAAAAUCCCAACUUGAGAAAAAUUGUUGAAAAUUGUAUAGAUGAAGACAAUGGUUAUGAUUGAUGCCAAAUUUUAAAUAUAUUUUAAUAUAUUUCCUUUAGCCCACAUUUAUCCACCUACUUGCAAAAACAUAAUUCAAUCUUGAAAAAGUAUCUUGAAAAAAAUCUCGCAUUUAUCACACAUUUAUCACAUUUAGAAUCCUAUUACUUGUAUAUUAAGAAUGUCCCAUCAGGGGGUUAGAAACAGGAAGAUGCUAUCCACGUUUUGACUGGGAAUUGAACCUGUUCCAGCAGAGGUGAGAGACCCCUGAGGUGCUUGGGCAACCAGUGUUACCUAUGAAACCUUACACAUCUUUAUAUGUAAAUAAUACUUGUUUUGUAUUACAAAAAUGAUAAGAUCGAAUGAAAAAAAAUGUCUCCAGCCA